AUGGAUAAUGGCCCCAGAGAGUUGGGAAUCGCAAGAAUGGAGAAGUCCUUUAUUGAAUUGAAUGGGGUGAGGCAAACUGGUUCGUUGGAUGAUAUGGGAUCCAACCUGCAAGUCCAUGCCUCCUUACUGGGGAUGGAGGAGGCCUCGGGGAUUAUGCUUCAUCAGCUAUUCUUCUCGUUGAACAAACUCAUGGGUGGUGGUCAAAAUGAGAACUCUCAGCGGCAUGCAGAAGAGCUUGAAGACAAAAAAUGCAUACAUGACCCAUCUUGCAAUAAUCUAGAAAUAGCUCAUGAUAAUAACAGCUCGCUACAAGAUGAAAAGAAAAUCCCCAGAAACAAGGUUUGUCCAUGUGGCUCAAAGAAGAAAUACAAGUCUUGUUGUGGAUCAGCUGCGGGAAGAUCUGCUAGUAGAUUUGCAGUCAACCAAACAUUUGACAAUGGCAAGGUUCGAAAAGAUAAAAAGCAAGGGAAGAAAGGUGGACCGGUUGCUGUGAAACCUCAAGGAUCUGAUGGAGGGCUGCCUGAUGUGGGUGCACUUUGUAUUUGA